UAUGUGGAUGAACUUUGCAAGACGUUUUUAAUGAUUCGAGAUCUGAGCAAGAUGUACCCCCCGGCACGGCAUCCGGUCCCCCACCAGCCGGGACAGCCGUUAAAGUUCACUGUCACCGAGUCCUGCGACCGGAUCAAGGAGGAGUUCCACUUCCUGCAAGCCCAGUAUCACAGUCUGAAAUUGGAGUGUGAGAAACUGGCCAGCGAGAAAACUGAGAUGCAGAGACACUAUGUCAUGUACUAUGAAAUGUCUUACGGGCUGAAUAUCGAGAUGCACAAGCAGGCGGAGAUCGUCAAACGGCUGAACGCAAUCUGCGCCCAAGUCAUCCCCUUCCUCUCUCAAGAGCAUCAGCAGCAGGUGGUGCAGGCGGUGGAGAGGGCCAAGCAGGUCACCAUGGCAGAACUCAACGCCAUCAUAGGACAGCAGCAGCUCCAGGCUCAGCACCUCUCCCACGGCCACGCCAUCCCCAUCCCACUCACGCCACACCCAGCGGGCCUCCAGCCCCCCCUGCCCCCCGGCGCCGGUACUGCUAGCCUGCUGGCUCUGUCCUCCGCCCUGAGCCACCAGCUGCCACUCAAAGACGAGAGGAAACACCACGACAACAACAGCGAACACCCGAGAGACAGAGACUCAGUCAAGAGCUCAUCUGUGUCUCCCUCGGCCAGUUUUCGGACCGGAGAGAAGCACAGGAGUUCAAGCGAUUACUCCUCCGACAGCAAGAAGCAGAAGACAGACGACAAGGAGUCCACACGCUAUGAGAGUGACGGAGAGAAGAGCGAUGAUAACCUGGUCGUGGACGUCUCCAACGAGGAGCCAGUAUCUCCUAGAGGAAGUCCUGCCCACUCACCUCGGGAGAACGGGUUGGACAAGCGUCGCCUGUUGAAGAAGGAUGCUCCGCUGAGCCCUUCCUCCAUCGCCUCCUCCAGCAGCACACCUUCAUCCAAAUCCAAAGAGAUUAAUUUGAAUGAGAAGUCCACAACGCCCGUGUCCAAGUCCAGCACCCCCACGUCCCGCUCCGACGCCCCGACACCCAGCAGCACCUCCACCCCGGGCCUGAGGACUGCACCCAGUAAACCGCCAGGAGUCGAGACGCUGGUGUUUUUGUGUCUUGCAGCUCCUGGCCUCCGCACGCCGCUGGCAGUGCCCUGCUCGUACCCCAGUCCGUUUGGAAUGGUUCCCCACCCGGGCAUAAAUGGAGAGCUGAGUGGAGCAGGGGCGGCCUACAGCGGCCUGCACAACAUCUCCCCGCAGAUGAGCGCGGUGGCUGCGGCUGCAGUGGCAGCUUAUGGACGCACACAAGUGGUGGGAUUUGAUCCUCACCACCACAUACGUGUCCCUGGCCUUCCUCCCAACCUGUCAGGCAUUCCUGGUGGAAAACCAGCGUACUCCUUCCACGUGAGCGCUGAUGGACAAAUGCAGCCGGUGCCUUUUCCUCCGGACUCGCUGAUCGGCCCUGGCAUUCCGCGCCACGCGCGGCAGAUCAAUACUCUCAGCCACGGGGAGGUGGUGUGCGCUGUCACCAUCAGUAACCCGACACGUCAUGUCUACACUGGCGGCAAGGGCUGCGUCAAAGUGUGGGACAUCAGUCACCCGGGCAACAAGACCCCUGUGUCCCAACUGGACUGCCUUAACAGAGAUAACUACAUCCGCUCCUGUCGGCUACUUCCGGACGGGCGCACUCUCAUCGUCGGGGGUGAGGCGAGUACUUUGUCAAUCUGGGAUUUGGCGACACCAACUCCACGAAUCAAGGCUGAACUGACAUCGUCAGCACCCGCGUGCUAUGCUCUGGCCAUCAGCCCCGACUCCAAGGUCUGCUUCUCCUGCUGCUCCGACGGAAACAUAGCCGUCUGGGAUCUUCACAACCAGACUCUGGUUAGGCAGUUCCAGGGCCACACUGACGGGGCCAGCUGUAUAGACAUCUCCAACGACGGGACCAAGCUGUGGACUGGAGGCCUGGAUAACACUGUGCGGUCCUGGGACCUGAGAGAGGGACGGCAGCUGCAGCAGCACGACUUCACCUCACAGAUCUUCUCACUGGGAUACUGUCCAACGGGAGAGUGGCUGGCGGUGGGGAUGGAGAACAAUAACGUGGAGGUCCUACAUGUCACCAAACCUGACAAGUACCAGCUCCACCUGCACGAAAGCUGCGUGCUCUCACUCCGAUUUGCUCACUGUGGGAAGUGGUUUGUGAGCACAGGAAAAGACAAUCUGCUCAACGCGUGGAGAACCCCAUAUGGAGCCAGCAUAUUCCAGUCAAAGGAGUCGUCCUCAGUGCUGAGCUGCGACAUCUCCAUUGAUGAUAAGUACAUUGUGACGGGCUCAGGAGAUAAGAAAGCGACCGUCUACGAGGUCAACUACUAGGGCGGCUG